CGCGCGAUGUCCUUCUACCUCGUCUCCUUCACCCUCGCGCUGCCGCUCUUCGCCGCGAUGAUGGUCAUGUUCCCGUUCACGUACGUCUCGGACAAGUACCGACGAUACGCGCUGUCGUUCGUGAACGACGUGUGGGCGACGAUCAGCACGCUGCCGUUCGUCAAGGUGAGGGUCGUCGGGAGGGAGCAUCUCCCGGCGGUGGACGCGCCGGCGGUGUACGUCGCCAAUCACGCGUCGUACAUGGACAUCUACUCGCUGUUUCACCUGCGACGGCCGUUCAAGUUCAUAAGCAAGGUGAGCAACUUCAUCAUACCGAUCAUCGGGUGGAGCAUGUACAUGACCGGGCACAUCGCGCUGAAGCGCACGGAUCGAAAGUCGCAGAUGAAGACGCUCAAGGAUUGCCGCGAGCUCUUGCAAAACGACUGCCCCGUGCUCUUCUUCCCGGAGGGGACGCGAAGCAAGGACGGCGUCAUGGCGGACUUUAAGAAGGGCGCCUUCUCCGUCGCCGCGAAAGAGCGCGCGCCCGUGGUGCCGGUCACCAUCGUCGGCGCGUCGCAGCGGAUGCGGAGCGGGAGGGAGUGGGCGAUGAGCGCGGGGGAGAUCGUACUCGUCGUGCACCCGCCCAUCGCGAGCGACGACGCGCAGGAGCUGUGCGACGAGAGUUACAAGGUGAUCAAGGAGUCGCUC